AUGGAGCGUAAAGAGGAGAAGCCUGCAGGUUUCCAGGCUCACCAUGGACAUCCGAGAAACAUUCAAAGAGAUCAAAGCUGCAAUGGAGGAAAGUCCUGCUGCAGGAGCUGCAAAGGUCCAAGAGCUUCUCGAAAAGCAGAUAAUAUUCCACUAAAUAUUGGUGUCACAGGAGAAACAGGUGCUGGUAAAUCCACUUUCAUUAAUGCCUUCAGAGGUCUGAAAAACACAGAUGAGGGAGCUGCUCCUGUUGACUGUACUGAAACCACCAUGGAGGUUCAACAAUACCCUCAUCCAAACUACCCAAAUGUCAUAUUAUGGGACAUGCCUGGUCUAGGCAGCAUGACCUUUCAAGCUAAUGAGUACCUGAAGAAAGUCAAUUUUGAAAUAUUUGAUUUUUUCGUCAUCAUCUCAGCUGAUCGAUUCAGAGAGCAUGACAUGAAGCUCGCUUUGGAGAUUCAGAAGAUGAACAAAAAGUUCUACUUUGUUCGUUCAAAGAUUGACCACAGCUUACGUGAUGCGAGAGAUGAUGAAAAAGACUUCAACAAACAAAGGACUUCUGAGUAA